AUGGGGAAUACUCCACAAACGAGGAAAAGAUCAUUCGAUUCGCCAGAACGUGUCGGUGACUGUUUGAAGCACUCGAAGGUUGGUGCAUGCAUAACGGGCCAUCCUGAUAGUGAUGACGCCCUUUAUGAUGUACCUCUGGCCGAACUUGCAAAAAAACGAUUCGAUUCACCAGAACGUGUCGGUGACUGUUUAAAGCAUUCGAAGGUUGGUGCACGCAUAACGGGUCAGUCUGAUAGUGAUGACGCCCUUGAUGAUAACUUGCAAAUAAAUGAUAUGGUGCUCGACAUAGCACAAGCCUGCCCUUAUUACAGCAAGGCGACACACACAGGAUCAAAGAGACCUCUUAAUGAACCAGAACGCAUCGGUGACCAUAUGAAGACGAAGCGUUCUAAAUGUGGUGCACGCAAACCAAGCCAAAUCGAUAGUGAUGAUUUUGUUGAUGACGUGCCUCGACGCUGCCUGGCAGAAAUCACAAAAAAUCGGAAUGUUAAGGGUAAAAGUGAAAUGGCUGAUACCGAUAUUGUAGUCGAACAUGAUGUUGGUGAGGCAGCUGAUAUUAUUNAUAUACACACCAUAUUGUUCUAUGUAGAGAAGGUUGUACUGUCCGUGCGAUCAGUCCCACGAACAUUCUCGACGUUCAGAUCAUGGAGCAACGAGACGUUAAAAGCUAGAGAAUGCAACGAGAUUGCUUCGGGAGCUUUUGGUAGAGGUUUUAUGGAUGUAGACUUCCGUUUGAUUGCCGAUAGUCGCCGGCUAGGUAAAGUCGGACCGAAAUACGAUGGUGCAAGUGAUGUUGCUGGUGUGACAGAGGGCCACUGUGUACAGGUAGAACGCGGCGAGAUUGCUUCGGGAGCUUUUGGUAGAGGUUUUGUGGAUGUAGACUUCCGUUUGAUUGCCGAUAGUCGCCGGCUGGAUAAAGUCGGACCGAAAUACGAUGGUGCAAGUGAUGUUGCUGGUGUGACAGAGGGCCACUGUGUACAGGUAGACCGUGAUGUACGGUUUGAAAGAUCAUUUUUCUUUUUUCCUUUUUUUUUUCUUUUUUUUCUGUGUCUCCUGUCGGCUGCUAGGAUGCAAACAGAAGUUGAUGUGCAAAAAGUCACCGUUGGUAUGUCUGACAAGACGACUGACAAGACAGCGAUUGUUGAAGAUUCUGGCCUGGAACCCGAUAAGUGUGUUACUACA